UUUGCCUUCUGCCAGUACUCUGACAUUAGGUCAGUGGUGAGAGCAAUGAGGCAGAUGGAUGGGGAACAUCUAGGGGCCAACAGGAUUAAAUUGGGAUUUGGAAAGUCUAUGCCAACCCGGUGUGUUUGGAUUGACGGCGUACCAGAAAAUCUUUCUGAACAACAACUCUACGAGCAGUUCUCACGUUUUGGGCCUGUGGCACAUACCAUAAUUGAUAGAGAAAAAGGACAUGCAUUAAUAUUUUAUGAAGCUGAAAAAUGUGCAUCAAAUGCAGUCAUAGAGAUGCGUGGAAGAGUUCUCAAUGGCAGAAAAAUUCAAAUUGACUUUGCUUCAAGAGAGUGCCAGGUUGCUUUUUUUGACCACCUUUCUAAGCAAGGCCACCCACUACCAGCAGAAAGACCAUGGGAAAGAAGAGAAUUGGACAAAGAACCCGGGCGGUAUGAGGGAACAGCCAACAGAUAUAACAGCAGGUAUGAACGUGCCAGGAGAGAAAGUGCUGCUUUUCCUGCAAGACCAGCAACCAAUAAUCGCACUUCCACUUACAACUCCUCCGGUAACAGAAGUAGAGGGAGAUAUGAUAAUUAUGAUGAAUUUGCACCAGGGCGAAGCUAUGAUGAAUACAGUCAAGGCAGUGGAGCUUCAUAUGAAGAUUCAUAUGAGCGAGAGCUUCGCGAAUAUGCUGGGAGUCAACGGUAUGGAGAUGGGGUUGGCACUGCUGCAAAUAAUGCAACUGCUGCAGGCAGCUGUCGCCGUCAUAGUUUCAGCCCAGCUCGGCGACGGGAUGAUCGCUCACCGGGAUCACAAAGGGCACACUCUAGAGACAGGAGCAGUUUAAGCCCUUCUGCAAGAACUCAGUAUGAGGAAAACGAAACUGGAGUUCGCCGUACUGCACGAAGGUCAACCAGUGAUCAUGACAGUUUUCACAGUCAGUCUCCUCCAGGCUCUCGUGCUGCCUCUCCUCCUCCACCACCAAGGCCAGCAAAAUCUGGGUCUGGGUCAUCUCGUCUAGCUCCUCCUCCUAGAUCACCAGGAACUCCAGUUGCUGCUUCACCAUCCAGAGAAGUAACCCUCAUAGAUGAUCGUUCCCUUCCAGCCCCUGGUGACUACAGGCGACGUACCAGUGACCUGAAAGACCUUGUUGUAAGAGUCAGCGAUGUAAGGCGACCACCACCAGCCCCCCCAGAAUCACCUCAUCGCACAGGGUCUCACAGAAUACAUCGUUCUUCACACACAGAAGAUGGAGAAGAUGUAGUGAGUAGCAGUAGUGGGGGAGGUGGUGGACCACAAGACCCGAGACUAAUGCACAGACGAGGUGCUGAUGAUCCACCAUCAUCUGGGGAUGAGCGUCCUCCAGACCCUGAACGCCCCCACAAGAAGGCGCGUUACAGUGAGGCUAACUAUGAAAAAACUAACAGUGUAAAAAGAAUGGCAGACAGCAGUGAUGCCAUUCCAAACUUCAGGAGGCCUCAUGAUGCACGAAGGGAUGGAAGAUUGCUCAGGAGAAGUGGAGACCCAUUACCACCACCAUCUCGUCAUGCUGAAGAAGGGCUCCACGAUCCACGCUACCGCAGAGCAUCCUUGCCUGACUCUGAUGAUAUACACUGGCGCCGUGAUGCCGUUCAUGUGUCUUCCUCGUGUGAUGCAGCUGCAGAUCACAGUGAUGCCAGCCCUCCAGGCACGCCUGUUCGUGAUGAGAGGGAUGACUCCACAGAACCUCCACGUCACACCAUGCAUCACCAUCACCAUCACCACAAUCAUCACCAUCACCAUCACCGAGAACGGUAUCAAAGUGUACCACUGUCUUUACCAUUGCCAAGGUUUGCACAACAAGUCCGUGCUCAUCUUUCACCACGUGCAGCAUCAACAUCACCAAAAGGUGCAAACAUGUUGCGUUCACCUCCCUUUAGUGGAGGGAAUAAUGCAGUUCGAAGUGAUGUUCGUGAAGUGGGUGGUGUUGUUCUAGACACUCCGAUGUCUCCAGGACCAAGAGACAGUCCCUCAGACUCGGAGGAAUCUCCACAUUCUCCGUGUAGCCCUUCUGUAGAUCUUGAGCAGAGAAUUCGUGCUUUAGAUGAAAAAUAUGAAAAAUGGUCUGGGUCUUCAAGGGUUGUGGGGAACAAUUUAUCAGCACCUGUAAAUGAAGCUGUAAAUGACAGUGGAAGUAGUUCAGGUGGUAGUGUUGGGAAAAAUGCAAGAUUGCCACGUAUACUUGAUCUUGAUGAGUUGCGGUCACAGCCGUCCGAUAUUGUGAAGUCCCUGCUCUCAAAGAGAUCAGUCUUUGAUGAGGACAGCAAGCGGUUGGAAAAUGUUGGUGAUAAAUAUGAACCCAAACCCUUCACUGCAACCCCACGCACCAGUAGGGUUGGAAGUCUGUUACCAAGCCCACCUGUUGUGAGUGUGCAGGUUCCUCGCCUGCCUACCACCCCACCAGCAGUGCCCUCUGCAACACCUAUAAGUAGCCUGCCAGGUGUCAGACUUUCCAGUCAACAAUCUCAACAACCUCUUACUUCAAGUCCUUCUCAAGUUCCUAGGGUGUGUGUUUCUGUGCCGCAGGUCAGUAAAUCUCAGGGAUUGUCACCGUUGCAUAGACCUGCGGUUUCUCAGGCAGUAAGACCACCUGCCUCAAGCCCUGGCUUUAGCCCCGGUGUCAGCCCUGGAGUAAGUCCUGCCCAUCCACCGCACUUAUCUCCGGUUACGCCUGUAAGUCCUGCACCACCCCUCACCACCACCUCUUCCAUUGCCACCACCACAAGUACUACCUCAGCUGCCACUCCUCUUAGACGUACCUCUGUACCACCACGCACAGUGCGUUUAGAGUUACCAGUCAGCACAGGCAAUGAAGGUGAGGAGUUAGGGGAUGGCAGUUCAAGUGGAGUAGUUACUGUUGUUGCUGAUACUCGUGUUACAGGUGUAGUGUCAGUCACACAGACAGUCUCCUGCAGCAAGUCUGUAUUAACAACUACUACCAGCCUCUUACAACCGGUGCCCAGUGCUGUUUCACGGUCACUUUCAGGAGAUUCUGCUCCUUACAAUGUACCUGAGAGGAGUGGCAGUCAUGCACUCCCACUGUUAGUAAAGGAAGAGCCUUGUGUGGAAGAGACUGUGGAUCCUAUUAUACAGAGAAUUAAGAGUGGAGAACCCAGAUUAGAUGAAGCUAAAGCCAAAGAUUGUACUAGGGAAGAUAGUGAUAAUAUGGACACUAUUGAAUCGCUUGCAACAGAUCAGGUUAAAGCACAGGUACCUAACUUUAAAACGGAGUCUGUGAAGGUAGAGACAGUGAAGACUGAAACAGUGAAGUUAGAACCGUUAAAAUCUGAGACUAUAAAGUUGGAACCUAUCAAGGUUGAAAAUGUGAAGGUGGAGGUGAUAAAGGGUGAGCCAGUGAAUAAGGACGUAACUAAUAACCACAAACGAAGACAUAGCAGUGUUGAUGCAGAAACUCGAAAUAAGUUAGACUGCAAAGGUGUUGAGCCUGAUGCUAAACGUGUCAAGUAUGAAGGUGAGGAUGAAAAAGUCUUACGUGAGAAAAUCACCAAAGAUAGGAGAGAUUCUCGGGAUGCAAGGGAUGGCAAAAAGAGUGAAAGGGAAAAGAGAAACAGAAGUGGUAGAAGGGAAGAAGUGAGGGAAGGGCAUGAUGAAAAGUUGAACAAUCGCACAUUUGAUGGAUCAGAAACCAAACAAAAGAGAAAGACUCAUGAAAAUCGAUCAGAGGAAAGAAAAGAGGAAAGCCACAAGAAGGAAGAAAAGAAGGACAGGCGGAAAGAAAAGUAUGAAGAAAGACCUCCAGAAAAAAUAGCACGGGAAAAGUUUCAUGACAUCAAGGUGGAUACAAGGAGUUCUGAAAAGGUCAGUGAUAGGAGAACUGAUGAAAGAAAAGAAGAAAGAAGGGAUGAGAAGAAGGAGGAAAAGAAAGAGGAAAAACGUGAAGAGAAGAAAGAAGAAAAAUAUGAUGAGAAGAAAGAAGAGAGAAAAGAAGAUAAGAAGGAAGAAAGGAAAGAAAAUAUCCGUGAGGAAAGAAUCAAGAGUGAAGGUGGAAAAGGAAGACAUGGUGAAGACAAGAGAGUUGAAACAAGGGACCAGAAACAUAAAGAAAGAAAGGAAAAAUCAAAGGACAAAGAACGUCUUAAAAGUUCCACUUUCUCCAGGCAUGAUAAGGAGGUGGACAGAGAAAGAACUAAAGAUAAAGAGAGAGACAAAGAAAAAGAACGGGAAAAAGAAAAGGUGACUGAGAAAGACAAAGACAAGAAUGUGGACAGGGAGAGAGAAAAAACUGUUGAGAGAGAAAGAGAAAAGAACAUGGAAAAGGAAAGAGAGAGAGUCUCUGAGAAGGAAAGAGAAAAGGCAUUAGAAAAGGAGAGGGAAAAAGCAUUAGAAAAAGAGAAAGAGAAGAUGGCUGAAAAGGAAAGAGAAAGAGCUUUAGAAAAAGAAAGAGAAAAGGCUGUGGAAAAGGAGAAAGAGAGAGCCUUAGAAAAGGAGAGAGAAAGAGCUCUUGAGAAAGAGAGGGAAAAGGCUUUGGAGAAGGAAAGAGAGAAGGAGAGAGAAAGAGAAAGAGAAAAAGCAGCUGAAAGGGAAAGAGAGAAGGCUAUAGAAAGGGAGAGAGAAAAGGCAUUAGAAAGAGAGCGUGAGAAAGCCUUGGAAAGAGAACGGGAAAAGGCUCUUGAAAGAGAGAGGGAAAAGGCCUUAGAAAGAGAGAGAGAAAGAGAGAAGAUCUUGGAAAAGGAGCGAGAAAAAGAGAGAGAGAAGACCAUAGAAAAAGAAAGGGAAAAAGCCUUAGAAAAGGAGAGGGAAAGAAAUCUGGAAAAAGAGAGAGAAAAGGCUCGAAAGCUAGAGAGAGAAAGAGAGAAGAUCUUGGAAAAGGAGCGAGAAAAAGAGAGAGAGAAGACCAUAGAAAAAGAAAGGGAAAAAGCCUUAGAAAAGGAGAGAGAAAGAAAUCUGGAAAAAGAGAGAGAAAAGGCUCUAGAGAAGGAGAGAGAAAAGAUGUUAGAAAAAGAAAAAGCUCUUGAAAAAGAAAAGGAAAAAGCAGCAGAAAAGGACAGAGAAAAAGUGUUGGAGAAAGAGCGUGAAAGGGAGAAGGACAGAGACAAAGUGAGAUUGAAUGAUCGUUCACGAGAGCGGGAGAAGGAACGCAGUGGACGCAUGAAUCACAGGGAUACCAAUGAAAGAAUUGAGAACAAGCGUGAUGGGCGGCACAACAGUGAACAUCGUCACAUGGACAAAAGAAAAGAUUUGAGACAUGAAACCUCAAGCAGACACCACCACAGAGCAUAUGAUGCUUCAGAGACCAUUGACAUGAAACAUAAGUCCCGCAAGUCCCGGCCUCUGGACACUGAUGAGGAAGAAGUUACAGAAUCAAACAAACUGGCUUCUGUUCACUAUUCUAGUAGUGAUGACACAACAGUAACUAAUCAUGAUGUUGUUUUACCACAAAUGGAUGAAUCAGUUCAUCGUUUGGAUAAGUCAGAGUCCAGAGGAGAGCUUGAUGAGAGGAGGUCACGUGACAACCGAAGAAGAAAGCAUGACUCAGGCAAAAGUGACAAGAGUGAUGGAGAAACAAAAUUAAAGGUGUUGUCGAGCCGCAACAAAACUGUUCCACCACAACCUGCAAAGAUCAAAGUUCGUACAGAUUCCGUUGAACCAGAUACGCAAAUUAGUGACAUAGCAACCUCAGAAGAUGAAGUAACGAGGCAUAAAGGUGAAAAUAUGUCCAGACGAAAUAGUACAAGUAGUAAACUUCCUCAACAGCAAAUAAGACCAGGAGUUACAUCUGGUAUGAAAAACAAGCAUAAUGUAAAACCAAAAUCCAUAUUUGAUCCAGAGAGUGAUACUGCAGACAGCCUGACUGGUUCAGGUGGUGAGGUGGAAGAGGGAGAAGAGGUUGUUCCUAAAAAGCAUUCAAUAUUUGACAUUCCUGCUGAUGACGGUAUGUUUGACAUGUACGACAAGGUUAAAGCAAGGCGGCUGAAAGUCCAGCAGAAGCAAGAGGAAGAUCGAAGACAACAAGAAAUUAAACAGUUGCAGAUGCAGAAGUACCGACAACAUCAGCGUGCAAGGAAGGAGAAGAAGGCAGUGCAUCCAAUGCAUUCAGACAUAUCAGACUCUGAGGAGGAGGAGGAGGAGGAAGAGAAUGUGCGUGGCCAGAAACGUGUACAUAAUCAACACACAAGUUCUGAUGAUGAUCCAUUUCGUAAGCGACGUCCUACACAGUUAUCCACUGAUGAAACGGAUGAUGAUAUUUGCCUUCGUCAAGAUAAGAAAAAGAUCGCAGCAGUGCUCAGUAACAAAAAGGAACAGAAACAUAAAGUUAAGAAUAUGAUAGUCUCAGAUGUCACAACAGAUGAAGAAGUUGUUGUUAAUAUGCCCAGGUUUCCAUCUGGAAGACCAAAUAGAAUUUCAGACAAUACUGAACCUUCUGAUGCAAUCCGAAGUCGUGGUGAUCAUAUUUAUACAGAUUCUGAUACAGAAGGUGAAGUGACACCUAGAAUACCUAGUAAGCCACUAAGGGAGAUAGAAUCAGAUAGUGAAGUUUCAGAUGUUCCAUCUCAUGCAAAACCACCAAAGCCGUCAGCAAGAGUGAAAGCUCGUGACAAAGAGAGAAAGGUUGGCCGGAACAGGGAAAAGACAAAGCCUUGUGUGAGCAAGGAACUCAUAAGCACAUCAGAAGACAGUGAUGGAGCAGUACCAUCAGAAGAUUCAAGGCCUGUCAGACCAAAAGCAAAGGCAGAUCCCGUUGAAAUAAGGCCAGAAAAACCCAUGACUCAACCACAGCGAGAACGGAAACGAACAGGUGACACUGGUAUUGUAAGGGAAAAGGUCCCCUCAAAAAAGGAUGAACGAAUGGAAGCCAUCUUUGGUCUCAUAUCAGAUGACUCUGACCCAACACCCCCAACACCAAGACCAAGACCUGCUUCAGCUACAGCAAGGCGAAAAGGAUCUGCUUCUUCAGGUGCCUCCACUGCUCCUCCAUCACUAUCUCCAGCACCAACCAGACUAUCUGUGUGUGAAGUAUAUGACACUGAUUCUGAUGAUACUCAAAUGUCACCUGUUUCAAAUCUUGCAAGACCUGGGCAUGUCUCCACUAAAUCUAUUCAACAGGACAGUUCAUGGAUAGAGCAGAAAACUGAGAAUAAGAUUGAGACUAAAUUGAAAUCAGAGUACAGAAAUGAGGAAAGAAGAAGUGUGAAGAAAGAUCGAUCCAAGCGUGACUCUCUUCCUCCUCCAGAGAUGGUUAGACCGGUCUCAGAUUCUGGCAAAGGUAGCAGCAGUAGCAGCACAAGUACCAGCAAUACUAUGAGUACUAAUAGUAGUGCAAAUAGUAGCAGCUCUGCAGAGGAAGUUGCUCAGUCUGAGCUUCUCCUAAUCACAGAAGUGAUUAAAGAGGAAAAUGAAUCUCAUGAUUCAGAAGCCAGUGCUCCUGUAGAUGUGUUUCGGUUUACUGAUGAAGAUGCAGGUGAAAGAGAUACCAGAAAGGACAAGAAAAAGAAGAAGAAGCACCGAGAAAAAGAGGGCAGCCGUGGAAGGCGUCACCAUCGACAUACAAGUGAAGAACAAUAUGCUGGAGAUCAGCAAAGUGAUCGUCAUAACAUUGAACAUUCAUCCAUGUUGUUGAUUGACACAGCAUCUCCACAAAGUCCUCAUAGUGCAUCAUCAUCAAGCAUGCUAAGCCCUAAGGAGAAAUUACCUCGACCAGCACAGACUCCCAAUAUGCCGCAUAGCCCAAGAGUUGUUGCACCACCAUCUGGGUCAGUUUGUAACUCAACUCAUGCACCACAUAGUCCUCCUGAUGCUAUCUCUAUGAAAAGUCCAUCCACAAGAACUCUGUCAUGUGACUCUCAAGAUUCUGUUGGCUCGCGUGACAGUAAAGAAUUAUUAGAAGUUAAGGACAGCAGAAGCCCUCAUCCUCUAUCUACCCUUCCUCCAGAUGCAGCAGAAUCUGCUGUGCAGAGUCUUGCAUCUCAUGUCCCUCCAUCAUCUCCUGCAGGACAUGAACCCAUAUUUGAAGAUAUUACAGAAGCCUCUAAUCUCAGUGCUCCUGAAAAUUCUGUAGAUGUCACUGCUGGAAAUAAUGGAAAUGGCAGUGCUAAAGCUUCAAGAGCAGUUAUUUCUCAGGAGGAAACUUUGAAUGCUGUUGCUGGACUUCUUGCUUGUUAUGAUGACUACAGUGAAGAUGCCAGUGUACAGCCCACUGAUGAGGAAACAUUGAUGCCACCAGAUGCUUCUGUGGCUGCAGAAGAUGCAUUUGAAGAAGCGCAGAAAGCAGCACAGAUGUUACAGUGUGAAAUGCCGGGAGAAAGAGAUGAUGCAUGGCCCCAGCAGACUCCUCAUAGUACACCAACAACAUCAACAAAAGUUGCUGGGGAAAGUGAAACUCAGCCAGUACCAACACAAGAGGAGGAAGAGGAGGAGGAACCAGAUAAUGUUGAGUCAAGAUUUCCUCAAGCACCCCCUGACAGUCCAGCAUCAAUGCAGUCAGAGCCAGAACUGCAAAUUGAUGAAGACCAACCAGAUCCAGUGGAUGAUAUGGAAGGUCCACCUGCCCCUCCAGAACAGAAAGAAUCAUGUCCAUCCGGCCAUGGAACUGCCUGGACUGAAUCAGUGGAAAAGACUAGUAAACCACGGGAAACAUCUACUAAAUUGGUAACUGAUGGAGAAGAUCACAAAGAAUCUACAUUCAAACAGGAAGAAAAAGAUAUACAAGAAAGAAAGGAAGAAAAUAAAAAUCCCACGCAGGCUAGUGAUGAGAAGGUUAAGUUCAUAUUUGAUGAAGAAAAAGGUGGCUUACCUCAUGAGACAGUAACUGAAUCAAAUCAAUCACAAGCUAUAGUUGAAGAUGGUCCCAAAACACCAGAAUCCAUAAAAUCGCCAGCAACACACAAGGAGUGUCUCGAUUCAAAUAGUGAAAUGGCUGAAACCCUUCAAAAAUCCUCAGAUGUGUCAUUAAGUCCUCUUACAACUUCAGAAAAUUCAGAAUCAGUUCAGUCCAAGUCAAAUAGACCAAAGAGUCCCGAGAGUGUGCAGCCUACUACUGAAACGGACAAAUUAGAUGUCGGUACUUCUAAAACAGUCCAGCCUGAUAUGAUUACUCCAGCAAGUACCAUUCCAUCAACCUCAGUAGUACACUCUUCAAAUGUACCAAGUACUUUGCAAAGCAUCUCAACUGUAGCACCAACCUCUGCUACAAUUACUACCCCUUCAUCUGUGGCUGUACCAACAACAAUACAUUCUCCAGUUUCCUCAGGUCCUAUGCAACCAUUGACAUCAAGAACUACUACGGUAUCUAGCCCCUCAUCAGUUGCUACAACAACAACUGAUUCUAAACCUAGACCAGCUUGUGCAAUAGUGCCCACUACAAUUGUACCUUCUACAGUAGUUUCUCUAAGCUGUGCUUCAAGUACCUCUACAACAUCAACAGUAGUGUCUUCAAAAAUAUCACCUACCAUUCCUACCACAGCUACAAGUACUGUUUCCACAGCUGUCUUUACUCAGACAUUGCAAAAACCUGUAGGACCAAUUCCUACUACAGCAUUAAUUUCAAGUACUACUGUGGCUCCAGUAUCCACAAAUACAACAGCAAAUGCAGUAAUUGGUCCACUUCCUGUGAAGACAACAGUUGCAGUACCUACAAACAUAACUGCAGCAAAUCCUGUGAAGGUUCCUUCUUCAGAAACCAUCUCCAGUCUAGAAACUUUGCCAAAACCAACAUCGGCAGUUUCAUCAAUCCCAUUGGUUGCAUCUGUUCGUAUUGCUAAAACAAGAUCCAGAGUUCCUCAGGAACCUGCUUUUGUUCCAGAGAAACCUUUAGUAUUAGUCUCCACUGCAACAUCUAAUUCAGACCCAGUUUCAUCUUUAGGAUCAACAUCAGUGCCCACUUCAACAACUUUGUCAAGUACUUCACUGUACUCUAGUCCAUCUGCAGGCUCCACACCUACAUCAUUGCCUUCUUUAGCACCAGUACCAAUGAAAACACUGAUAUCUGCUAAAACAAUUCCGACAACAAGUACAUUUACUCUGGCACCAAUAUCCACUGUAUCUUCCUUGCCAGUACCGGAACCAUCAACUCUGAUAAAAGCUGUUUCAGAGUCUUUUUCAACUGCAACAUCAGCACCCACUUAUUCAGAUGCUUCACCAUCUCCAGCAGCUACUACAUCAUUAUCCUCUUCUGAUUCCAAUACACUAGUGACCACUGUGAUUACUUGUAGUUCACCAAGUGUUCUGUCAACUGCAACAGCAACCAUGUUCUCUACAGUAUUGUCUCCAACUGCACCAUCUGUCAUCUCAACUGCAUCCAAUUUAAGUUUGUUACCUAGUCCACAAACAAUUAGCUCAUCCCAACCAAGUACUUCAAAUACAAAGACCAGUACUCUUCCUUCUCCUACUUCUGUACCUGUGCCCAUAUCAGGACCUGUUCCUACUUCUGUUCCUAUUCCUGCUGCUGAACCAAGAACUGCAACAGAACCAAUAGAAAUCAUAGAUACAAAGCUGGACAUAGAUAAAACUAUCAAGGAGGAAAAUUCCUCUGGAACAUGGAAGACUUUGUCUAUAAUGCAUAAUGAUUCUUCAUCCCUAAAAUCUACAGUCCUUUCAGAAAAUAAUGUUGAUGCAGAAUGUAAGCCUGAUAUUAAGACUCUAAAUGUUAAAAUAGAACCAGUAAUGACAGGUGGUGAUCUUUCAAACAAACACAAGCAAAGACCAGAAUUUAUUUCUCCAGUUGACAUAAUAGCAACAGCAGAAGCAGUCAAAAUUGAAACUGGGAAGAAUAAUCCAGUGGCAGUUGAACAUGUUUUAGCAAAUCUUCAGACCAUUGUCAGUGAAACAGCUACACAACCUGACAUAGAGAAUGCUUCCCAGCCAGAUAAAGAAGAAGCGUCUUUGCCACAGCAACCAGUCCUUAUUUCACAGUCAUCCUCCACUAAGGACUCUGGCUCUACACAUGAGCAACCACAGGAUGACCUGGCCAAGUUGGAGCAAGUUUGUUCAGAGAUUCAAAAUCAAGCUGAAGAGCAAAGCCUUGAUCAAAAGCCCAGUUCUGAUGAAACAGCUGAAAAUAGUUCUAAAGUACAAGAACGUAAUACUGCUGCUAUCCGAGGAAGAGGAAGAGGUCGUGGCAGAAGAGGUGGAAGAAGAAUGGCAGAUGUACAAGAGGAAGAUGGUUCUGGCAAUGCCACACCAGCAACGCGUUCUAGUGGAGUAACACGAGGCAAGGGCCGAGGUCGAGGGCGACAAGCACGUACUAGUGAAAGUCAGCAAGAUACAGUUGUGGUUGAUUUGGCAACAAAUGGUACAACUACAGAUAAUGCAUUACCUGAACCCAGACGUAGCAGUCGUAUGAAACGUGCUCGAAGGCAUCCUGAUAUGGUAGAUCAUGAGGAAACAAGUGGGCGUAGACGUCGUGGCCGUGGAGGGCGAGCUGCACAGGUGGAAGACAGCCGUCCAAUGCCAGCACCAACAGCAUCAGAUGUUUAUGACUUUCAUGAAUCAGAAGAUGAGGACAUUAAUUUGGGUCUCACCAAAGCUAAAGUUAAGAAGGAUGCCACAAAACCAGCUGCUGGGAGGAGUCCAGCUAAAGCUGAGCAGGAUGAUGUUCGACCAGUGGAUAGUGAUGAAAAUCGUUCCUCUGUACCAGUAGUACCCUUAACCAGAAAAUCAAAGAGAUUACGUGUGAAAGCUGCAGAAGAUGAACCACUGACUGUUGACAUAAAUGAAGAAGGAAGUAACAGCAAUAAUAGUCAACCUGUAAUUGUAUUAGAAAGCUCUGCACCAAUACAGACACCAUUGACAACAGUAAAUACAUUGUCAAUAGCCACAGCUCCCAUUCCCCUCACUCCUACAACACCAUCUCGAGGUCGUAGCCGUUCAAAGGCAAGAGAAGGGGAACCAGAAGAUGACCCUUCAGUAAGAAAAAGUCCCCGUGGCCAUAACCGUGGCUUUGAUCCUCAAAUUGAAGUUGAGAAGGGUGUCUUGGGUGCUUCACAGCCAACAACUUUAGUCGUCACAGGUGUAACUACCACCAUAUCAAGUCCUGUUCCAGCACCCAGCACAGCAUCAGUUGUACCACCUACUAUAGAGGAAUGCAAGUCAGAAGCAGAGUUAGUCGACCCAGUAACUGGAGUUGUAACACGAGUAAAAGUUUGUGAAGAAGGUCAGUAUGUGACAGACACAGGAGAUAGUGGCGUACCACCAGUUGCCCAUGUCCUUCCUUCAGUAAAUGUUGAUCAUCAUACUAAACCACAAAUAUCAACAUCAGUGAUUUGUUCUAGUAAUAGCACCAGUGUGAGUGUUGUGAAUACCAGUGCACAUCUUCUGGCAUCAACACUUCCAGCAGCUCAUGCCAACAUAGGGAGUCGUCCAGGUGUUACAAUGACUGUUGUGAGUAGUGGUAACAUUGGAACUCCACCUGUUGCAACUGGUGGCCAUCCAGGAGAUGUUAGUGUUGAGUUAGUUACUCGUCCUCGUGCUCCUCUUCAGGUGCCUACUCAGGGGUCCAUUGUGUCCCCUGCUCUAGGAGGAUCUGUACCAAAUGUUAUAUCCACAAAGUGUCCUACUAUAACACCAUCCCAGGGACCACCAGUUAGCACUACAAUGCCAGCAAUUGUCAACUUAGGUAGUGCUCCAAGACCUACAGUAACUACGCCAGCUUAUAACACUAAACCUAAAAUAGUGCAACCACAGCAGCAAAUACAACAACAAGCACCAAUUCAGCAACAGAAGCAAUUGCCACACCUUCCACCACAGCAACCAGUGCAGCAGCCAUCACAGCCACAACAUUUACAACAAGCUCAACCUCCUCAGCAACAACCGCCACCAAAGCCUGGGCAGGUAAAGGCAAUAGGUGGAGUUUCAUCACCUGGAUCAAUACCUAUUGGAAACCAUGUACGGAAGUCAAGCAUAUCAGUUCCUGCACCAGCUUACUAUUCUUCGAAGACUCCAGUUGCUACAGCACAAACACUGCAACGUUCUGCCGUUGUACCCAAGACUAGUACCACCUCUAGCCAACCACAACCAGCUGAACAUGUAAUAGAAGGACGAAACAUCAGUGCUGUGGCUUAUGAUGCCACACACAACCGGGUAGUUCCAACAGCAAGUAUUGAUGAAGCUGCUGGACAUCAUCGAAUAUACAUGGAUGACCAGCGCACAGUUCAUGGUGAAUUUAGAGGAGUUAACAUCCAUCCAAGGUAUACAAAUUCUCGCUUCUUAGAGCCUCCACGUGUUGAUGUCACACGAUUGCCUGGUUCAUCUCCAUCAACACCGUCCCCUGCUGGACGGCCUCAUGAGCCAGAGCCUUCCCAUGCUGCUUCUCACCACUCUUCCAUGCCAGGUUACGAUGUGCAUGCUGCUGCUGCUGCUGCCCACAGUCACAAUACAAGUGCCCCCAUGCCUGCCUCCUCUGCUGCAACUGCCCCUAAAGGCGGGCUGGCUCAUUACUACCAUUCAGGAGAUGUAGGAGAGUUUCACCAGCAGCCAGUAGCCCUCCACCAUCCCCAUCAUCCCUCACAGCACAAUGCUGGUGGUGGCGGUGGUGGUGCUCCCGCUGCUGCUGCUGCUGCUGCUAGUGUUACUGGUGGUGGUGGUGGUGAUCGUUAUCUUACCUCCCCCCCACUCUCCACCCCACCCUCUGCUCACACUCCCCCUCCUGCCCACCAGCACAUGCUGCAGGGUGAGAUGAUGCGUGGGGUAGCACCUCAGUACUUGCCACCACAUGUACCACAUGUUUAUACCUCGCAGUAUUACAGCGCUAUGGAUCCACGUAUGUUUGGAGGAGAGAAAAUGAUAACACAGAUGCCACUGGACAUGAAGGUAGAAAAGGGAGAGCCAGAGAAGCUUGAAUCACACUCCACUUCAGGGACCCCAGGACCAGCUGAAUUCCCCUCAAGACCGAGUGGAGCCCCAGCAGCAUUAGCUCCGAGGGGCCAGUCUUCACCUCAUGUCUUGGCUUCUCCACAUCACGACCGGUCUACUGAUUCUCCUCAGGUUGCGAUGGUAUAUAGCCGCCUUUACGAUCGAUAUUACAAUUAUCCUGGUCGUGCUGGGACUCCUGGAGCUCCAGGAACAGGUGAACAUGAAGCCAGAAGCCGAAUUUCGUCACCCUCGGGAACUCCUCUUGUAUACCCUGCCAUGGGGCCAGCAGAAGUCCACCACCAACCAAUGGUACAAAUAUCAACUCCACAGUAUGCUUCACAAGUUCCACCUCAGUUACAAAUGCUUAUACAGGGUACAAAUGUAACUUGGACUGGACUUCUGGGGCUGAAGCAAGAGCAUGCAGCUGUACAGAUGAUUUAUGUCUCGGGUAGCAGUGAUGUUGCACGUGGUGCCUUGCCAAUUCAUCCAGAUGGAACUACUUCCGUUAUGCGCAUUGGCCAAAGAAUGAGAUUAGAACAAACACAACUUGAAGGAGUUGCAAGGAAAAUUCAGAUGGAAGCAGAACACUGCAUGCUAUUGGCUCUUCCUCAUGGCCGAGACUCCUAUGACAUUAUCCAACAGCACAAUAGUCUACGUAAUGGCAUUAUCAACUAUCUUGUUGUGAAACAGGCUGCAGGGAUUGUAAAUGUUACUGCUCCUGGCACUCAUCAGCCUGCAUUUGUGGUUCACAUAUUCCCACCUUGUGAUUUUGCAAAUGAAAACUUGGCUAGAAUAUCACCGGAUUUGUUGCAUCGAGUUGCAGAGAUCUCGUAUCUUCUGGUGGUUAUUGCUACAUGCUGAGUCUCCUUUUAAUACCGAAGAAGGAUUGUGAUACCUGAAAUAUAAUUUUUUAUGGAAAAUGUACUGCCACUAUGUUUUAUGAGGUUUUGGAAGUGCAUUUUUAUAUCUUGAAAAGGGACCUAAUACCAGAUAUGAAAUUGGAAAUGGAAACCAAGAAACUUUUACAAGAUAGGACUGAAAGUUGUGCUAUAUAUGUAAUUUUUCUUUUUGCAUCAGACCAUUUUCUUAUUUUCAUGAAGAUUAUAAGACAAAAAGAACUUGAUAUUUGUAUUAAUGAGUUUUAUGCAGUGAUGGAAUGACCACUUCUUAAAUAAAACUGCUGCAGAAUCUAUAUUUUUGUGAAGUGUUAAAGUGUGAAACUGAAAAGACAGUAAUAAUCAUAUGAUUUAUACUAUAUGUAUUAGAUAUUCAGAAAUUAACAAUGUAAGGAAAAGUUGAUUUAAAUCUGAAUUGAUUUUCUGUAGUUUGAGUUACCUUGGAAGCUGUAAUUCAAGAAUUAAUGUAAUAUUAUUUACUUUGUAAUUAGCAGAAAAUUGUAGAUUCUAUUAGAUUUGCACAACUACUUUAUUGCAAAUAAUGGCUUGUAUUUGUGAUGUAUGUAAAAGAAAGAUAAUUUAUUUGAUUUAAUGGCUGAUACACAGAAAUAUGAACAAUUAACAAGUAAGACCAUGCUCUCUCUCUCUCUCUCUCUCUCAAUGGUAAAUGAUGUGGAACACUGUGAUUACCGUUUUAAUGAACAAUGUAACAGGAAUGAUAAUAAUAAUAAUAAUAAUAAUGAUAAUAAUAAUAAAAUGUGGAAAAGUGAUCAAAUGGCACCAUUAAACUAAUAAAAAAGGUAAAUAUUGAAGAAAUCUAGGGAUACAAUAAACUGGUUUGAUGUUGGUGUUAAAUUAUGGAAAUGAUCAGCUUGCCUCACUGUCGUGUUCUGAUUGUUUGAUGUGCACAGCUUGCAACAUCUCAGUAUACCUGUAACCACUAUAUAUGACUAAGCACGCUGGAAAAGACGUAAUAUUUUGGCCCGACAGCACUAGACCCUGAACAGUAGUAUGGCAUGGAAUGGCAGAAAAUCUGGUUUAUGGUGAAGUGGCCUAAAUAGGCAGUCCAUGCUACUGUUUCUGUGAGACUCUCCUAUGGACACCCCAAUUAAAGUCAUAUCUUGACUUGCCUCCACAUGAGUGAUGUAUGAGUGUUGUGUAAGUUGUGCAGACACAAUUUUUUGUGUGGCCUAACCAGCCUUGGGCCCAAUGGUGCCCAUAUGCCGCCUAUGGUGUUUAGACGAGCUGUAUAGUUGUAAAUACAAUAAUGAUUGUAGAAUAAUUCUUUUUUACUGUUCAUUUUGGUGGGUAUGUACUUAAAAAUGCUGCCACAACCACCAUUAUGAUUGGUGAUUGACACACAGCUAGAUCCAAAGCUCUGAUAUGGCUGUGUGUGCACCAAAAUGUUGUUCGUGUGUAUACACUGCAUUCAGGGUGGCUGUGUGCAGCCCAUUGUUAUUGUAUGUACAGAUCUAAGCAUGGAGUCACCCUGAUUUAUUUAUUUAUCAGUCAUCUUGUUCAUCAUCUGUUCCAUCUUCCUCAUAAAUACUCCCCCUCAUAAGUGAUGCUCUGCCUCCUUGUUUUCAUUCACAUGCACAUACACACCUGCCAGUCACAUCUUGUCUAUGUCUAGUGUGGAAGAUCUAAGAAGACAGUUUUCACUAUUACCAAUUCCUACCUUAAUCUUGUGAUGCCUGUCUCCUGGGCUCGUGAGCACAGUCCUCAGGAACCUUCUCUGCUGCAACUCUCAUUCUUGGCCAGCUAUCAUGUGGAUUUCUCUCUCACUCAUACACUUUCUCUGUUUUAAUGUGGCACGUUAAUAUGAAGGAAGUCUGUUGCUUUUGUCCCCUUUUCUUUGAUUUACAAAUUGACAUCUUUCACCACGAAUUUGCAAAGCCUUGCAGAAUCAUCUGAGCUAAACCAUCCCCCCCCCCUUUCUUUUAUACAAAGCAGCUAUUUGAUUCUUACUUGCCUGUCACACUUCAUUGAAUAAGGUGUCAAACAGAUUCUCAUAAUAUAAGAAGGCGCCUAAUGCGGAUUAGCCUGCCGCUGCUAUGGCACUCUUGGUAUAGGAUUUUAAAAGAAAAUCUGUAAAGCAUUUGGUCUAGAUUUAAAAAAAGCUUACUUGGUUCUGCACUGUUUUCAGUUUCUCAGCAGAAUUCAAUCUAUUGUAUGUUUGCUCAAGAAGUUAGCGGAAUUCUAUUUUCACUUUUUAUUAAUAUUAUGUAAAAUAUGUGGCAAAUCUAUUUUUGAUGUACAGUUUGAAAAUGUGAAAAAGUGUUUAAAUGUAAGUGUACUUGUUAAGUGUUGCAUACAAGAUACGAAGUGUGUCUGAGGCGUUUGUAAAUAGGUCUAAAUAAACUUUUAGGCUGUGAUCCUCAGUUCUCUAGAAGCUUCUUUGGUCAGAAAGUUUAUUAAAAAGUCCAGUGACCAAUUUAAAUUAUUUCAAAAACCAAUAAAUAUCACAAAGAAAUUUAA